UUAUUUUUUGACUGUUCGUGUGUGAGGGGAAUCUAUCGACUAAAAGAAAUGGCAGAAGUUGCUCCAGCUCCAGCUGCAGCCGCCCCGGCUAAGGCUCCUAAGAAGAAAGCCGCAAGUAAGCCCAGGAAAGCGGGGCCCAGCGUUGGAGAGUUGAUCGUGAAGGCAGUUUCUGCUUCUAAGGAGAGAAACGGAGUUUCUCUGGCUGCCUUGAAGAAGGCUCUGGUCGCCGGUGGCUACGACGUGGAGAAGAACAACUCCCGUGUGAAGAUUGCAGUCCGAAGCCUCGUGACCAAGGGUACCUUGGUUCAGACCAAAGGAACCGGUGCUUCUGGCUCGUUUAAGCUCAACAAAAGUCAGCCUGCCGUGAAGAAGCCCGCUAAGAAAGCAGCUCCUAAAGCUAAGAAGCCAGCUGCGACCAAGAAGGCCGUAGCGAAAAAGCCUGCGGCUAAAAAGUCGCCGAAGAAGAAGCCGGCUGCAGUGAAGGCUAAAAAGAGCCCAAAGAAAGCCAAGAAGCCGGCAGCAGCGGCUAAGAAGACGGCGAAGAGUCCGAAGAAAACCAAGAAGCCGGCAGCAAAGAAGGCGGCCAAGAGUCCUAAGAAAGCAAAGGCGGCCAAGCCGAAAGUUGCCAAGCCCAAGACCGUCAAAGCCAAGAAAGCAGCUCCCAAGAAAAAGUGAGCUCCUAUACUGUAAGCUGAUUUCACAAGCAUCAAAGGCUCUUUUAAGAGCCACCCAGAGCUUCUCUGAAGAGCAAGUUCGUUCCAUUUUAGCGAAAUAUUGCUUAUUUAAUGUAUGUGUAUAUUGGUGUGUGUGGCUAAAUCACGACCGUAAGAUCUGACCUUGGUAUGUAUAUAUUUUGGGAGGCGAACAUAAGCUGGUCUACUAGUGUAACUCCAUGGUCCAUAAUUUAUUAUAUUUAUUAUAGAUUAAUAUGGGGGCAAAAGUUACUUGAUACUGAGCCGAAUUUCCUAUAAUUCUGGAUGACCCGGAGUUGUUUCGGGCAGACCACUUCAGUGUGUUGCCUCAAACUCCAUUCCAAAUGUUUACAGGAAGGAAGCAUUUUAAAGUUGAAACGUAGUAUACUAUAGACCAGGGCCAACCUCCACUCCGUUCAGUAGUCUAUUUCAUUAUUUUCUCAGUUAAAUAUCCGCAGUCGUAGAUGUCCUAUGGCUGGUUUGAAUGAGCCCGAAACAUGACAGGCUAUUACAACCUAAUACUUUGUAAAAAUCACUUAACACAAUUGUUGUAGCAAGACGUUCGAGUCCUACACUAUACACCGGUUUUGAUGUUCUUGCUGACAACUACUGGAGUAUGUUUGUGCCAAUUAUCUAAAAAAAAGUGUGGGAAUGCGGAUUUAAGCGGGCAGCAUAUUUCAAAAGAAGUAUGCUUCCCGCUUUAGCUUGCGCGCCUGUUUCUCUAUUGCCGGGUUUCAAUCAGGUCGUCUUAACUUGGGUGUAUGAACCCUAAUUGGGUUGGAAGACGUGGGACUUACAACAUUACUGGAAAGACGAACACCAGACAGAAAUAUUGUAAUACUGCCAAACACAUUCCUUGCCUGGUAAAAAAUUGUGUUAGUAGCGCAAUGGAUGACAGAAUCCCCACUGUCCACCAUGUUCCAGAUAUCAGAGCCUGUGAAAACUCAACAGGCCAU